AUGGCUCCCCAAGAUUCAUUUAUAGAAGAAGAAGAAGAUGUCUGUCCCCUUUGCAUUGAAGAGUUCGAUUUAUCGGACAAGAACUUCAGGCCAUGCCCAUGCGGCUAUCAGGUCUGCCAGUUUUGCUUCAACAAUAUUAAGAAUAAUAUGAACGGCCUUUGUCCUGCGUGCAGACGGCCUUACGACGAAAAAACGAUACAGUGGAAGGUCGUCACGACGGAAGAGGUUGCCGAAUUCCGUGCCAACAUCCAAAAGAACCAGAAGAAGCGAGUUCAAGAACAGCGGCAAAAAGAAGUCCAGAAGCGCGAAGCCGAAAAGGAAAAUCGGAAAAAUCUUAUCGGUGUCCGAGUUGUUCAGAAGAAUCUCGUCUAUAUUACUGGGUUGGCACCCAACGUAAGGGAAGAUGAGCUCCUCAAAACGCUGCGAAAGCCCGAGUUCUUUGGCCAAUAUGGAACGAUUCAAAAGAUAUCUAUCAGCAACCGCAAAAGUCCUGAUGGGCAACACCACUCGCUCGGCAUCUAUGUAACGUUUGAGACGCCUGACGAAGCAAUGCGCUGUAUUCAAGCUGUGCAUGGCUCUCACAAUGGCGAUCGAGUGUUAAAGGCCCAACAUGGCACUACCAAAUAUUGCUCUGCCUGGCUCAAGAAUGAAAAGUGCAACAAUCCAGGUUGUAUGUUUCUUCACGAGCAGGGUGAUGAGGAGGAUAGCUAUACGCGACAAGAUCUUUCAUCUAUGAAUAGCAUUCAUACGCAGAGACCUCUACAAGGUGGUGGAUCAACUCGUACAGUUUCUCGCCAACAACCCCAACAACAAACAGUCGCCACCCCUCCACCACCCCCUCCGGUACAAAUUAUGUCGCAGACACAUAGUAUGGUGAGAUCUUCCAGUAAAGACGGAUUGGAUACGGCAGCCGACGGAUCUGCUCUACCUUCUUCGGCCAAUUGGGCUAGGCUACCACAGCGCAGUCGACGCGGUAGCCAUUCUACUAAUGGUGCCACACCCACUCUUGUGAACGCAGCACCAGCUACCUCUACACCAGAACUCUCACCAGCUAAGGCCAAGGCUAGUGAUACCCCUGUUGUGGAGCCAAUCGACGAUACCCCCGAAGUUGAGGAACCAACUCCCGAUCCACCAGCUAUUUCGUCUAUUACAGCACUGUUGAACGCUCUCUACGCCUGCGCGCUACCUACAGUCAAUACCACAGAUCUUGGCCCUCCCAUGUUCGACGUUCAAGGUGGAGAGAAGCGACGAGCCAUUCGCGAAGACGAAGAAGCCCGUCUAGAUGGAGAGCAGCGAGAUCCUAGUGAUGCCCAGUCGGACGCCGAAGGUGAAACUGGCGGCAUGCAUCAUGCGGGUGAAAUUGAUGAGCGAGAGAGACUUGGUGAAGAUCAACGAUUUGACCAGAGGCAGGCUGCCCUCCAACGAGGUAUCAAUGAUGAGGCUUUCAGCCCUACGCCAAGCAACUCUGGCUUCAGUCAAAAUGGUGGUAACCCCACAGGACGCGCUCUCACUCCACAACAACUUAUGUCCAUGAGAUCACAGGGUGGCUUCGCUGACCAGUUCCCGCCUGGCAUUGGUGCCCCUAAUAACGGAUUCGCUAGCCAGGGACACAACCGCCAAUCCUCGAGAUUCAAUUUUGCCAAUGAAAAUGGACCAGGCACAAACAUGAAGCUUGCUGCGAACUCUCGCGCCAUGGGCCCCGGCUCUUUCCCUUCUCAAGCUGGUAGCCAAUUCUACGCCACGUCGCUUCCUGGCCCUCCCCCUGGCUUAAAAUCGACAGGCACACCGCCCAAUCUCUUCGGCCAGGGUUUUGGCUUACCAGGAUUCAAUAAUGUCCCAAAAGAUUCAUCCAACGAACUACUUCAGAGCCUCAUUGGCCGUAACCGCACGGCCAAUGGCCAGUCGCAAGAUGGAAAGCGUGAGUCCAUGAUUUCUUCUUUGUCUACUCAGUACCCACCUUCCUCAAGCUCGACCCCUGCUCCUACUUCCGGUCUCCUGGCGUCGCUCUAUGGCAACCAUGCUGGGGCAUUCCAAGAUAUGGGCUCGAAGCAGAAGAAGAAGGGAAAGAAGCAUAGGCAUGCUAACACUUCCUCCUCUGGGGGAGGUGGCUUAGUAGAUCUUGCAGACCCGAGCAUCCUACAAGCCAGGAUGCAACACCAAAAUCAGAGCAAUGCCGGAACCGGACAGAACCUUUUCAGCGGGCCGAGCCAAGAAGACGAGAUUUAUUACGAGCAAACUGUAAGCUCAAUCGAAGCUUUGGUGUCCGACGAUACAUCCCCCCCCCCUCAGUUUGCAACCGGUCAAACAACGUCUAGUCUUGGCCUGGAGGCAACCUCAGCAUUUGAUGACCAGAGCUUUCCAAACCAGGCGCAAUACUCUCAACCUCGCCGCCCACCACCUGGGUUUGAAGCCCCGACCCCAGCGGCGGGAUCUCUGUCAAACCCCAUCACGAAUCAACAAGAUGAAGUACAAAAUACGAAGCCUCUAUUGAUGGGAGAAGAGGAAUUUCCCGCCCUCGGACCACCACCAACUAAAAUCGACAAACGUGCCGUAUCCACUGCGCAUAAGCUGGCCACACCGAAGUCGUUGGCGACAAAAUUGACAUCUAUGAAAACAGUUGAUAAGAGUGAUGAAUCUAAGAAAUUGGUUGACGGCUCACCUGGCUCUACUGGGCCUGAGGAUUUACAGACAGUUCAGAGUCCUACUCCUACGCCUCGAAUGGCGCCGAAAGCCCUACGGGUUGUUUCUUCGAACAAAUCAGAUGUCCCUCAGAUGCCUUCUCCAGUUACAAUCAUUCCAGCUAGGGUGAUAACCAAUGGACAUAGACCAGAGACGCCAGGCAGUGAAAUGAUUAGCGAUAGUGCCUCGGUGGUCUCGACUUCUAUCUCUAUAUCUCGACCCAACUCCCCAAUUCAAAGCAAACUACAAGCCUCUAAGACGCUUACAAAGAGCCAGCAACGCAAACAGCGCCGUGAAGCGCUUAAGCAAGAAACGAAACUGAUUGCAGAGACCGUUAAGGUCGAAGCAGAGGAGCAUGCCCCCGUGAUUGGCCGAAAGAAGAAGCAGAAGAAGGAAAAACCGACGAAGGGUAAACCGACGCCUCCAGCUUCAUCUGUGACUGAAGGGAAUACUGCCGAAGGCAAAUCAAAAGUACCGGAUGAUAAUGACGGAAUAACACGCAACGAUGCCACGUCAGCCGCUCAGGACUCCCCUACGACUCAUAGCGAAGCGCCAGAAACUACGGUAGUAGAACAACCUGCAGCAGUAGCCAACGAGCGCUAUGAAGUCACUGAUAUUUCUGCCCCUAUCGAAGAAAAGGAAGAUACAACUGACUCCUUCCAAUCGGCGAUUGGACCAGUUGAAGUCUUUGGAGAUAUCCGAAGUUCGCUCUGGACUUCGGCAAUGGAAAAGCUUAAUCUCUUUAAGCCGGUCUCUAACAACGUUCCUCGCGGCGAAAUUUUGCAGAACAUGUCCUCCAAGCAACAGGCUAGCCAAUGCAAGGAGGCCAGCUGCAACUGCGGUGAGAUUCAACCGGAUGAUAUUACCGAUUUACGAGCUGGCAAGGCUGUCCGCAAACAGUUUCAUGUUGACGGUAGUCGUAUGCUUAUUACCCCCAAUGGUGACUGCAUCCGCAGUUUAAGCCCUGAAGAAGAAGAAGACUUCUUGGCUCUACAAACUUCCAUCGGAUUAGGCGCGGAAAACCCUGGUGCAUUUGUGGCACCCCGGCACCAAACUGGCACUGGCGCAUUUUCUUUAAUCAAAGGCCGCGCAGUACCAAAUGGGCGCCCGAACAUCUUCCCAACAAGCUCCAAGAUCCAGUCACAGGACCCUAUUGGUAAGCUUCAGCGUGAGGACGCACUAAGUUAUAUCAACCAAUAUGUGCUUCCAAGGCUUAAUGUUGGUGCCACUGGCCAAGCCAAGAAUGCCUCAUCGCCGCGCGAUACUGCUGCCGCUAGCCUGAAUUCCCUUGCUCCGUACUUCUAUGGGCCUGACGCUGCGGCUGGCGUAGGUAUCUACAGUUCGGCGGAUGGAGGGCGCCCUCCACACGACUUUUCUGCCCCUGGUCAUCAUGGCGAUAUGAUUAAAGGACCUUUCUCUGGAGUAGGCAACAUGCCUUUGAUGGCGGUGGAUGAGGCGGAAGCUGCCCUGGUGGCUGCAAAGAAGGAGACAGAAAAGUUGGAAAAGGGUUUGAAUGCCGUAAUUAAGAGAAACCGCAGGCUUUUGCUAGGUGGAUCUAACUAAAGCUAGUCAGUUGAGAUCCUGUCGUGUAAAGUAUUGUACAUAUAACGAUGAAGCUGGGAACUAUAACUUGUUAAUAUCAUGUAUUUUAGCUAAAAUUAAUAACAUAU